CCUUCAGUCGUCAUUAAGAGAGCGCGAGCUCUGUGUGAGACUCUAUUAGGAUAUAAUAAUAUAUUUUCGUAAUCGAAAAUUAAAAAUUAAACUGUAAAAAGUUAUUUAUCUUCUGUGAUAUAUUGGAUCUCUUUAUUUUCAAAAAUGGAAUUCUUCUCGCGCAAAGUCAAAUCUAACGAGCAAAUUGACGCACGUCAGUUGAAUGGCGCGCGCAACAUACUCAAACAUAAACAGAGCGAAACCGCGAUGAGUCCAGCGCCCCCCGCGCCGCGAGACAAAAACAACACGCAGUUCGCCUGUAGCAAGCAGUCGCUCACUGUCAGUGGAAGAACGUGUACGUACGAAAUGGAACGCGAUCGUAUUGGUGUCUGGGGCUCCGGGGACGGCCAGUCCAACAGCCGGCUCUCGGGUCUCGACCGCCUGAAGCACCCCGGACUCAACAAGGGUAUGGCGUUUACAAUUGAGGAGCGUCAAGCGAUGGGCAUCCACGGCCUGUUGCCCCCGAGGGUGAAAAGUCAAGAAGAGCAGGUGCACCUGUGCAAGCUGUCUUUCGACCGGUAUGAGGAUCCUCUGAACAAGUAUAUCUAUCUGAUGGGAUUACUUGAUCGUAACGAGCAUCUUUUCUACCGAUUCGUCGGGGAAAACGUCGCGGAAAUGAUGCCUAUAGUGUACACGCCAACUGUGGGGCUCGCGUGUCAGAAGUACGGGCUGGUGUAUCGCCGACCGCGCGGUCUCUUUAUCACCAUCAACGACAAGGGACACAUAUAUGAUAUAUUAAAGAACUGGCCCGAAACCGAUGUACGCGCUAUCGUAGUAACAGACGGUGAACGUAUCCUCGGCUUGGGAGACUUGGGCGCCUGUGGUAUGGGUAUUCCCGUGGGCAAGUUGUCGCUGUACACCGCGCUGGCUGGUAUCAAACCUCACCAGUGCCUGCCUAUCACGCUUGAUGUGGGCACGAACACCCAGACGAUGUUGGACGACCCGCUGUACAUCGGUCUGCGUCAGAAACGUGUCCGUGGCGCCGCCUACGACGAGUUCAUCGACGAGUUCAUGCAAGCCGUCGUGCAGCGCUUCGGGCAGAACUGCCUCAUACAGUUCGAGGACUUCGGCAACGCGAACGCCUUCCGUCUGCUAGAGAAGUACCGUGGAAAGUACUGCACAUUCAACGACGACAUCCAGGGUACGGCGGCGGUGGCGGUGGCCGGCCUGCUGGCGUCGCUGCGCGUCACGGGCACGCGCCUGUCUCACAACACCUUCGUGUUCCAGGGCGCCGGGGAGGCGUCUUUGGGUAUUGCGGAGUUGUGCGUGAUGGCCAUGAAAGCCGAAGGUACCUCUGAAGCGGAUGCUCGCAACCGUAUCUGGAUGGUGGAUUCCAAGGGUCUUAUCGUGAAGAACAGGCCCGAGGGCGGCCUCAACGAGCACAAGGAGAAAUUUGCGAAGAACUGCCCGCCCAUUCGCACCCUUGCCGAAGUAGUCAACGUAGCGAAACCGUCUGUACUCAUCGGCGCGGCGGCCGUCGGCGGCGCCUUCACCGCCGACAUCCUGCGCGCUAUGGGGGAGAACAACGACAGACCCGUCAUUUUCGCGCUCUCCAACCCCACCAGCAAGGCUGAGUGCACUGCAGAGGAGGCCUACGGGAACACCGACGACCGCGCCAUCUUCGCGUCGGGCUCGCCGUUCCCCGACUACCGCACCAAGGACGGUCGCGUGCUGCGGCCGGGCCAGGGCAACAACGCCUACAUCUUCCCCGGCCUGGCGCUCGGCAUCCUGUGCGCCGGCCUCGUCGACAUCUCCGACGACUUCAUGCUGCUCGCUGCCGAGGCUUUGGCUGAGAUCGUGUCCCAAGACAAUCUGGACCAGGGCAGCCUGUACCCGCCCCUGGCGGACAUACAAGAGUGCUCGAUUCAGAUCGCCAAGAAAGUAGUGCAACACGCAUACAAAACCGGCAAAGCGUCGGUGCAGCCGCAGCCGCUGGACACGGAAGCGUUCAUCCGCGCGCAGAUGUACGACGUGCGGUACACGCCCGCGCUGCCGCCGCGCUACGACUGGCCCGCGGCCGACGCGCCGCGCGUCGCGCUCAUGUAACGCCGCCCGCCCCGCCCCGCCCCGCCGCGCCUCGCCCGUACCAUGUGUCAACCGACCGCGCCAAAACGCGAAUAUUCUAGCUUUGAAUUUCAAUAUUUCGAAUUGAAAAAAUAUCCCUAUCACAUCUAUUGCCGAUGACGGUUUCCAGGUGAUAUUUCUACAAAACUGAUGGAUAGUUCAAUUUACUCGAUAGCGAUAUUGGUUUUGCUUGGUUUACAUUUUGUACAAGGUGAACGAGAAAUCGAAAACCGACUAGAUAGUCAUUUACACAUUGGAGCGGAAGACUAAAAAUUGGAUAUUUUUGUAGAACAUCAAUACUGGAGAGGAAUGGCUUAUAGAGUUACGACCAUCUGUUAUUCGGUUUGGCAUUCAGUUUGUUUAUCUAAUCGCUGCCAUCGCUUGAUCAAAUUUUACCAAAGUUUUAUUAUUAGACAUAACGGGAAUAUUUAUUUAUAAUUUAAACAAACUUAAAAAUAUACUCGACCACUCUCAUGUGUUUUAAGCGAUAGCAGCGCUUUCCGCGUGAAUCUAUAAGAUGCAAGUUCUAUAAUUGACAAGGACUCUUACAAUGUUAAUUCCACAUUUUGAAAAAUUCGUCUAUAUUUUGUUACUACUUAAAACUAUGCUACUUAAUGUAAUUUGUAUGUAAAGUUUCGUAAAGCUUGAUUUAAAUAUAUAUUUUGAUUCAAAAAAUUCAUGUUUUGUACAAGUUGAAUGAAUAUGAUAAUGAUUAAUGUAAUAUUUUAAUUGUCUUUCUCAUAUUAAUUUGAAAAAUUCUAAGGUGCAAAUUGUAUAAGCAAUUUUGGCAACAGUGCAUUGCCAAGAGUAGUGACGCUUAAUCUAUUCGUGAUACAAUGUGACAUAUUUUUGGUAUUUAUUUUUACUUUGCCAACGACCACUUAAUUACUUGAUCAAAACAAAACAUUACAAUGAUUGUAUUGUCUGUGUCAAUGUCGCAUUCAAUAAAAAUUAUAGCAACAUAACAUUCCAAUAUUCGAAAUAAUAUCUUUUUUGAAUAAAUGUAGAUCUAAUCAUAUAUAUUUUAUUGUAAAGUUAAGUUAUUUUAUUUAUAUCGAAAUUAAUGUACUUUUGUGCAUCGAUGAACAAAAUUUUGUGAUAUACAUUUAUAGAGGUAUGUUAUAUAGCUGUCAGAAUAAUGUCAAAAAAUGUAUUUUUUGUUAUGUUUAUAAAUUUAUCAAGUUACAUAUUUAUUUAGUUAAAUUAAGAAUCUUGUCAUGUAGACUAGAAGUGUAAUAUUGAACAAGCUAAUAUUUAACGGACCGGCAAUGCAAUAUACUAUUUAUUUGUAACGCAUUAACAAUAAAUGUUUUUUUUUUAAA